CGCCCCCCUCGCUCGGUGGGCGUGGCCAGCACAUGUGUCAGCAGCGGCGAGACUCCAUCCUACAAUCUCACCCUGAAUUCUUCAAACUGUCAGGAGAGACAAGUCUCCUCGCGUCUCUCUUCUUCAGCACCACGUAAAGGACCCUCUCAGGAUCUCAGCUUGGCAGCAUCAUGUCUGGGAAGACGGACGGCGCUCAGAAGAAGUGGGCGGCGGUGCGAGGUCGUCUGGGCUCGUCUCAGGACUCGGACGGCCCGCAGGAGGCCAACCUGGAGAGCGCCGACGCCGAGCUGUGCAUCCGCCUGCUGCAGGUGCCCACCGUGGUCAACUACUCGGGCCUGAAGAAGCGUCUGGAGAAGAGCGACGGGGCCUGGAUGGGUCAGUUCCUGGAGCUGUCGGGCCUGGACCUGCUGCUGGAGGCUCUGGACCGUCUGUCGGGACGCGGAUGCUCUCGGAUCGCCGACGCUCUGCUGCAGCUGACCUGCGUGAACUGCGUGAGGGCCGUGAUGAACUCGUCCGCCGGGAUACACUUCAUCGUGGACAACGAGGGAUACGUGCGCAAGCUGUCGCGGGCUUUGGACACGUCUAACACUAUGGUGAAGAAGCAGGUGUUCGAGCUGCUGGCGGCCCUCAGCAUGUUCUCUUCUGAGGGCCACAGGCUCGCUCUAGACGCUCUGGACCACUACAAGUCUGUGAAGACGCAGCAGUAUCGAUUCAGUGUGAUUAUGAAUGAGCUCCAAUCCACUGAUAAUGUGCCUUACAUGGUGACCCUUCUGAGCGUCAUCAACGCCCUGAUCUUCAGCGCAGACGACCUGCGGCAGAGAGACAAGAUGCGCAAGGAGUUCAUCGGAUUACAGCUGCUUCACCUGCUGCCCAAGUUGAAAGAAGAAGAUGACGAAGACUUGAUCAUCCAGUGUGAAGCGUUUGAAGAGGCCAUGGCUGAGGAUGAGGACGAGCUCCUGAGGCUUUAUGGAGGAAUUGACAUGAGCGACCAUCAGGAAGUCUUCACGUCUCUGUUUAACAAGGUGAGCAGCUUCCCGUCGUCUCUGCAGCUGCUGUCGGUCCUGCAGGCUCUGCUGCUGCUGGGUCCGGAGCGAGCUGAUAUCUGGCAGGCGCUGGAGACGCUCGCUAACAGAGCCAUCCUCAUCUCCCAGAGCUCUGAGAUGGACUCAUGUGAGAAGAUCCUGCAGCGACUCGUCUUCACUAAGGAAUCGUCCAAAGCCAACGGUUACGAAUCAAAAAGAAAGAAUCAAGCCGUUCAGACGGAGACUAAAGACAUCACACUGCAGUGUUCCUGCAAACCAUCACACAGCUCCUCAAAGACUGGACCUCCUCCUCUUCCUCUGCCAAGCAUGUCUACUCCUCCUCUCUCAGAAGUGCCUCUCAAAACAGGAGCUGGACCUCCUCCUGCACCUCCUCCUCCUCCUCCUUUACCAGGAGCAGUGAUCCCUCCUCCUCCACCGCCUCCAUCUUUACCUGGCUUAGGAGCUCCUCCUCUUCCAGGGAUGGGAGCUCCGCCUCCACCUCCUCCACCUCCCCCUCUUCCAGGAAUGGGAGCUCCGCCUCCACCUCCUCCACCUCCCCCUCUUCCAGGAAUGGGAGCUCCGCCUCCACCUCCCCCUCUUCCAGGGAUGGGAGCUCCGCCUCCACCUCCCCCUCUUCCAGGGAUGGGAGCUCCGCCUCCACCUCCCCCUCUUCCAGGGAUGGGAGCUCCGCCUCCACCUCCACCUCCUCCAGGAGCGGGUGAUGUGAUCGUGGCUCGGACGUUUUACCCGGUUGGUCAGUGUUACUCUGCACCGGCGAGGAGCGGCCCGUAUCCCACGCUCCGGAUGAAGAAACUCAACUGGCAGAAGCUGAACUCCAGAGCCGUCACCGAUGGUCCGUCGAUAUGGGCGUCCGUCCCCAGCGAUUCUCCGCUGGAGCCCAAUUACAGCAGCAUCGAGCAGCUCUUCUGUCUGCCGCUGACCGAACCCAAAGACAAGAGCCCAGCCGCGCCGCUCAAGAAAGAGCCCAAGGAGAUUUCCUUCAUUGACCCCAAGAAGAAUCUCAACCUGAACAUCUUUCUGAAGCAGUUCAAGUGCUCAAACGAAGAGUUCGUGUCGAUGGUGCAGAAAGGAGAUUGCUCGAAAUUUGACGUCGAGUCCCUGAAACAGCUUCUGAAGCUGCUCCCGAAAAACACGAGAUCGACAACUUAAAGUCCUUUCAAGGAGAUCUGGACAAACUGGCCAACGUGGACCACUUUUACCUCUCACUGCUGGCUGUACCCUGGUAAAGUCUCCCUAAAACCUCGUAAUGCUAUCAGUGUCUCUGGAGCAAAUAGACAA